GCCGCGAGGAAGAGGAGGCGGCUGUGCGAGGGAGCACGAGCGCGAAGUGCGUGUGUGAGAGAGGCGGGGAGGGCACGCGCAAGAGAGCGAGCGGAGGGGGGCGCGCGUGUGCGCGUAAGGGCGAGAAAGGAAGAGAGCGAGAGAGAGAGAGAGCGCGAGGGAGAGUGCGAGUGAGGAGAGCAGGAGCGCAGGCAGGCAGGCCAGGCCUGACGACGGUGGCUGAAGGAAUAGGAAGAAGAAGAUGGCGGACGGGGACAGCGGGAGCGAGCGAGGGGGCAGCGGGAGCGGCAGCGGAGGUGGCGGCGGUGGCGGAGGAGGCGGCGGCGGAGGAGGAGGUGGAUUCCAGGGGCAUCGUGGCGGCGGCGGGCCGGGGCCGGAGCAGGAGACGCAGGAGUUGGCGUCGAAGCGCCUGGACAUCCAGAACAAGCGCUUCUACCUGGACGUCAAGCAGAACGCCAAGGGCCGCUUCUUGAAGAUUGCCGAGGUGGGCGCCGGGGGCUCCAAGAGCCGCCUGACGCUUUCCAUGGCGGUGGCCGCCGAGUUCCGAGACUACCUGGGGGACUUCAUCGAGCAUUACGCCCAGCUCGGGCCCAGCAGCCCUGAGCAGCUGGCGCAGGCAUCGGCUGGGCCCGGCGGAGACGACGGCGGCGGCGCUGGAGGGCCUCGGCGGGCUCUCAAGAGCGAAUUCCUGGUGCGGGAGAAUCGCAAGUACUACUUGGACCUGAAGGAGAACCAGCGAGGCCGCUUCCUUCGCAUCCGCCAGACCAUCAACCGAGGGCCCGGCGGUGGGGGAGGCGGCGGAGGCGGGCCGGGCUUCCCCGGAGGAGGCCCCCCGGGUCUCCAGAGCGGCCAGACCAUCGCCCUGCCCGCCCAGGGCCUGAUCGAGUUCCGCGAUGCCUUGGCCAAGCUCAUCGACGACUACGGAGCUGACGAGGACGAGCUGGGCGGCGGGGGCGGCGGAGGGGGCCCUGGCGGCGGGGGCCUCUAUGGCGAGCUUCCCGAAGGCACCUCUAUCACGGUGGACUCCAAGCGCUUCUUCUUCGACGUGGGCUGCAACAAGUACGGCGUCUUCCUGCGCGUCAGCGAGGUGAAGCCUUCUUACCGCAAUGCCAUCACAGUUCCUUACAAAGCUUGGGCCAAGUUCGGCGGAGCUUUUUGCCGCUAUGCUGAUGAGAUGCGAGACAUCCAAGAGCGCCAGCGGGAUAAGCUCUACGAUCGACGAGCUGGACCCGCCGGACCGGGAAGUGGCAGUGGCGCCGGAGACGAUUCCGACGGAGACGAUGUGGACGACGACUGAGCCUCUUCUUCCUCCCUGCCCCCCAUCGCUUUGACAACCUCCCCUCCCUCCCCAUCCACCUUCACUCUACCACGGAGGUUGCCAUGGGAGGGGGGACUGGUGAAAACGGGGAAGAAGCCAGAUCCCAAGCCUUCCUUCUUUUCCUUCUAUCAGUGGGGAGAGAGCGAGUGAGCAACGAGAUUACCUGCAUACACCCACUGACCUGCAUCACUUCUGGAAUGGCCCCUUCGAUUCCGGUCUCCCCACUCUUUUUAUUUUUCCCGAGGAUAUAGCAUCUGCCAGUCCACCAGCCCAUCAUGAAAGACUGGGCUUUACAUCAUCAUUGUCCUCACUUCGGGAAGAGAAAAUCCUGUGACCUCAAUUCACCUCGACCCCACCCUGUGUUGUAGGGAAGGAGACCGUUGUGAUCUGAAUCCACCCAGGCCUUCAAAGGUUACUCAUCUGCUGGAUCCCAGAGAUGUUUUAUUUGGGGGGGAUGGGGAAUAUAUUUGGAUGUCAUCUUCUCCCCCUUCCCUUUUGCAUUUUGAGAUCAUGUCCUCCACUGAAAACCAGCAUCCUGGAGACUAUAUGGCCACUGAGCACAGUUUGAAGGGUGGGGAGAAGCCAAUGCAGCUGUCCAGAUCCAGGGGGGGGGGGGGGGAUGUGUGCAGAUCCUGAUGGAGCAGCUUGUUCAGGGUUGUAAAGAUCAAUAAUCAUGGGCUUAGACCAGCACAAAUCGGGGUAUUAAGUGCAACAGCGAGGGGGACAAAGAGGGUGGGCAGGGGAAAGGAACAAAUAGAAAACCAUAGAGCUUUGAAAAAAAUGUAGUUGGGAGGGGGGAACCUGUAUCUGGACCAAUGUCCAUUGUUCUUUUUUUUUUUUCCUUUGCAGAAUUGUUUUAUUUCUGGGAUGCAGAUUGCUAAACUCCAGGUGCCUGAACUGGAAUCGAUAGAUUAAUUAAUUUAACUCUGGCAGUUUCUAAAGAUAUUAAAUGGUAUUUUCUUUAUUUUUAAAUGGGGGUUGCAAACAGGUAGGUUAAAGGAAAAACAGGCAUAAAGCACAAGGAAUGCAGAGUGGAUGAGUUGUUGCUCACUAAAGUUCUUCCCCUCUCCAAAUAAGGUGAAAGAGCAAAUUAGGAGGGAAACGUUGGAGCUGCCUUUCCACAGGCUUCAAAAGAUGACCCAGUCAAAUAAGUGGAAUCUGUUAUGUAGCUGGGUCUUAAAGAAAAUCUUAAAAUUGUAAUCUUGCGAAGAAAGCAUGUGGCUAAAAGACUGAGUAGGAAACUGAAGGCUUCUUUCAUCCUGCAAUCAGUGGACUUUUUCCGUGAAAACAGUCAUCAAGAACCUCAGGUCCAGAAGUCUGGUAUCAGUUAUUCUUUUUAACAAAAUUCUUUUUUUAAAAGCAAAAAGAGAACUCAGUCCAUUUCCUCAGUACCUCACGUUAUGUUAACAGCAGAGUUGGCAAGCAUGGAUUGAUGGUAUGGAUUGUUCAUAGCAAUGCAUGCCUUGUGCAAGCUUGAUAUCCAUUGUUGAAAAGGAGCAGAAACAAACCGUCAAAGUUCUGUGACUAUGAACAUACCCUAGCAGCAUUUUACCACCUUCAAAUUUUAAUGGAGACUGGCUACUGCCCAUUGUCCAAUUAUCUUUCCCAAAUGAAGUUGGGUGUCCCCACCCCCACCCAAGGAAUUGCCUCAUCUAUAUUUUAAAUGGAUUCUUAUCUAAAAUGAUAUUUUUUUAAAACUAACAAUGUUAGUCCUGUCCCCUCCCAAAAAAUGUUUUAGAUACAUUAUAUACUAGCAACUUUGAAUUGAAUGGGAAUUACUCUGUUCAUUGCAAAGUUUCAGGUAUUUGUGUGACAUCUUAGAGGCAGGUAAACCUUCCUCUACAAUCUCUUUAGUAUUUUUUUAAUUGUGCAUGCCUGUACUUUAUUUGAGCUGCCUUUUUAAUUUAUUGCAUACCCUUAUUACCUUAUUUUGGUAUUACUCUUAUCUAUCCUAUCUCGUUUUAUAUUUAUUAGUAAGCAAGGAGACAUAUAAAAGGCAUUUCUUCACACAGAUGUGGCUGGAGUGGGGAAACUGGCUGGAAUUUUCUGUUAAAAAUAGAUUUGCUGUAGUUAUCAAGAUCAGCAAAUAUUUUCAGAGGAGUUGUAACACAAAAAUUUCUGCCACACAAAUGAUUGUCUAUUUUACAGCUAAUUCUUUACUCCCAGUGUCCAUAGUUGAUCUUUUUAUCGUAUCUUUGAAGAAACUUUUCUUUCCAUUUUUCUCCGUUGCAAAGAACUUGUUUCCUGAAUUGUAAUGGGAGCAAUAGUAUUUCUUGAUGUUUUAAUUACAUCCGUAUACUUGUACUGUAUUUUGUACUCUCCAAGGCAGCUGUUUUCAAUAAUGUCCUGCUGUAUUUACCUAUGUAUUUUUGUUCAAAUGUAUGUGGUUCUUUGCUGCGGAGAACAAUUUUCACCAACAAAAGUUUCAGCGGACAGAUUAACUGGGAUAUCGCAGCCCUCUAGGAUUGCAGAAAAAGUCUGCUUAAUGAAUUAGAACUCUAGGCAGCAAUGAAGAUUAAGCCUGCAGAUGCUUGGUGUAUAUUGCUGUAACUCUUCACUCAUUUUAAAACAGUGUAUAAUAUUUGUAUAGACCAACGAUGUUUUGUUGCUUCAGUGGUAAUUGGGUUUUUUUUCUUUUGUUGCUCAGCUGCUGUGAGCCAAUUAAGUUCUUGCAAAGAUGCAGUACCUCUCCUUUUCAGGAGGAUUUUUUGGCUGAAUUGCAGUAACUAGCCUUACCUUUGUAUUAUGUGGUAGUGACAGGGUUUUGACUGUCCCUGGCCAGUGGCUACAUAAGCUAUAAUUAGCUGCCUAGGAAAUAUGUGGAAGUGGACAGGAGCAUAUAUCAAUUGUAUGCCAAGAACGCUGCCAUAUAUGGUAUUGGCUUUGGCAACCAGAAAGUCUCCUUUAGCCAUUAGUUAUACCAAUGUAUAUUGAAUACACAGAUUUGUACAAGUUGACACAUGACACUUCAAGAUGUAUAGGUGGUGACAAUACAGUGUGUCAGUAAUAGCAUCUAAAUUAAAAUAUUGGCCUGUGCCCUCUCAAGUAUAAAUGAUAGGUUUUUAAAUUUUAACUAAUUUUGAGGUUAAUGGCCAAGCCUCUUUAUAUGGGAAAGUUGGUCAUAGUGGCACAUGGUCUUGUUAGGUGCAGAGGUUCACUGAGGAAAUUGUUCUUUCUUCUUAUUGGGCAAUAGAACUCUGGAGAGUGUGGGCAAUGAGGAAAGAGGCUUGUCCAAAAUGUACAGCUUUGAACAUGUUUGUUUUCCCCUUCAGAACUUUGAAGUUUUGUGCAUAAAACAGUGGAGACUACAAAGAAGAUCAUUUCAGGGUCUUUUUAGAAGCAUUUAUGGCCUCUAAUGAAAGAAGAAUAAUUAUUGAUGUAAGGCUGGGUUAGAAAUCACCUCACCCUGACUGCACAAACCACAUGUUAAAAAUCACGCUGCUUUCUAAGCUGGUAGUUUCUCAAUUAUCUCUGUGCAUAUUCUAAAUAGGCAACCUUAUGCCUAUUCAGAGUAGCUGCUGUGUGUGAUGGGAUAGUCAGUCACAUUGGAAAACCAUAACACCUGGAUUGUAUCUAAGAUGAGCAAAUUCUGUUAUUCCUGUUCAUAUUCUUGUGCAUAAAUGUCAAUUUAGGUAAAAGUUUUCCCUCCUUUGUGGUGCUGCAGUUAAAUCAUAUCUUGGAUUUUCUCUGCAGCACUGUUAACAAUGCCUCAUUGCAAUCUACAACCACUUGAUCCAGCAUACCCAUGCUCAUAUUAGCUCAACUGUAGUAAAGUUACUGGAGUUAAGAUGUUGCAUGUCAAGGUAUGCUGAUUUAAGUGGCUUGUGGAUCAACUGUCCUCUUAAAAUGUAGAUCCUGUAGGGGGGAAAUUGGACAGCCUUUCUGGGGAGUUCCUGCAUAUCUGGCAUUUUUAGACUUAUAUUGUCCUUGGAAUUAUGAUUCUGGAAUGCAACUGUCAAAGCAUCUGCUGUACAAAAAAUGUAAAUCUUGUAUAGCACCAAAACUGUAAAUAUUUGAGGCAUACAGGUUUAAACACCCGUAGCUUUAGCGCGCAUCUAGUUACGGGUUGAUUUUCUUAUUUCCAUAGCUGUCUAACUGCAAAGCAGUUCUAGGCCUAACAGUGAAGGCUGGCUUUUUUUUUUCUCUUUCUCAAAAGUUAGCCAGCACUGUUGCUGGCCCUGGAAUGAUCUUUGCAAUAAAUCACAAAUCUUUUUUUAAAAAGUGAAGAUUCAAGCUUUUGCUUCCGUUUUCUCCCCCCCAAACACACUUAAUUAUCCUGUCAAUAUUUUUAUAGUUUUCAGGAUAAUGGGCACAAGAGGCAGGUUACAAUAAGUCCCUCAUAUUGAGAGGUCCCAUCAUUGACUGCACACUUCAGGUAUUGGAAUAGCUGAGGGUGACUUGUGACAGUGUGAUCUGCUGCAACUGUUAAAAGGGGGUGUAGUAUAUAUUGACUACACAGGACAUUUGAAAAGUAACUAACUCAGGCUACUUUUCUCUUGUGAGGGUGGCAGUUUUGUGAUUUUUGUGGAAAACUGUUCAAUGCAUAAAAAUGCGUGGACAUCUCAAACGUUUUAACAGAUUAUGGUACUUUAUCUGAUGCACAAUUUCAUCUCUCAGCAGAUAUUCAAUUUUUAUUUAAAAAACAAACAAACGUGGCCUUGACUUUAACUUCGUGGAAGGGAGGAGAAUCUAGUUUUCCCUAUAUGAAAGUGGCACUUUUUUCAGCUUCAAAUUAUACUAAUUCUACAGACUUCUUAGUAAACAUGUUCUUCAUAUGCUUCCUUUUUUAAGCAAGUAAAAUGGUAGAUAUCUUGAAGUAUGUUUGCUAUGGAUUGCAUUUAAGUUUUAUAAACAUAGUAUAAUUAGGGUAAUCAACCUAUUUGAGGUUAAACAUUACAAAAUUUAAAAGAUGCUUAUAAUCUUAAAAUGGCUGUACUCAAAAAGUAUUUCUGAAAACAAUUUUAGUUUUACCCAGCAGAACCCUUGAGGUGUAUCUACGUUACCAAUAUACUGUUUAAUACCAAUAGAACUGUGAUUGCUUCUCCAAAGAGUGUUGGAAUUUGGUUUGGUAAAGGUGCCAAGGGGUUCUGUUGGACAUCCAUAGCUUUCCAUAGAGAGCUAUGACUUCAUUGGGGAGAGGAAAUUACUAUUUAAACCAGUGGUGUAGAUAUGCCCCAAUCUGCUGCACUCAGAUUAGUCUUCUGGAUGCUCAAACCUUGUUAAGUCUUUAUGAGGUAGUGGCAGGUUUCUUGUUGUGUAUUUCAUUCUUGGUUAUUUGUUCACUUUGUUUUUGCAGUGUAAAUACAUAGCUUCCUUUCCCCCCAUGUACUUCUUGAUAGUCUGGUUUCCAGGUUUGUUAAGGGUAUUUAGAAAGCUCGCCUAUUGUCCAGUAAUGCUGCUUAUGGUAAUUUAGUGUCAGCAAGAUUACUGUAUUUAGAUGUUGUGCUUGAGCAUUAGCGAGAUCAUCUUAAUUGUCAGAUGAGGUAUACCUCUUAAAAUUGCACACUUGUAUGAUUUGUUAGAUUAAUGGAGUGUUGCUAAGGUUGGGAAGUCUGAUUGUAAAAUAAGAGAAUUCUUCCUUUUCCCUUCUUGCAGGUUCUGAGAAACCUCAACUUUUGCACUUUGUGAUUUUUAGCUAACACAGGAAGAAUGGAGGAAAAACAAAGAUAAUGUAGUACUGUUACAGAUUGCUUUGAUGAGGUAUUGUAACAUUGGAGAGAGAAGCACGAAACAGGUGUUCAGCUCCAUAAGGUUUUUACUCCAUAUAAGUUUAAUUUCAGAAGGAGAUGCAAAAUAUCUGAAUGUGGCCACCGACUGCUGCCUCCCAUUUGUGUAGCAGGGCAGUUACUUGCCAUGGUGCUAGACUAAAUUCAUCUUGAUACAAUCAGAUUGCUUCUUUCUCGUAAUAUAUAGUAGCAUGAUUUUUUUCCUGUGUUCCCAUAAUCAUCACAUGUUCUUUCAUAGUUGUGAGGAGUAAGCAAUAAUGCUAUGGCUGGGAUCCAAAAACUAAACAAUUCUGUGUAUCUAACAGAACAGUCCUAUGCAGAGUUACUCCAUUCUAAUCCCAUUGACUUUAUUAGACUGGAGGAACUCUGCACAGUGUUCUCCCGUAAGUGGAGUCGGACUUGUCUUUGUUAAAAAUAGAACCCCCAUGCUGCAGGUUACUUUCAAAACUGAAAGGAGUUCUGAAAGCAUUGUGGCAAGGGAGAAUCUGUGCUGAGUCUAAAAUCUCAUUGAGUAUAUGCAUUUUCACUGAUAGUAUCGAAAAUAAUUAUUGGAGUCCUGUUCUAUAUUUUUCACCUUUACAUCGCAGCGGUAUAACUGAAGCCUAAUGUUUAAUCUUGGCUGGUUUGGAAGGGUAGAAUUAUACCACUGUCUGUGGUUGAUGGGACCAUUCUUGAAGACUUUUGAGGAUAACAGCUUCACCCCUUGGUCAUUUUUAAAAAGUUUUAGCGUUUAGUGAUGGCUACCCUGUUUUGGAUAUAACAAAGGGCAUUAAACCUAUGAUAAUGCUCACCUAACAAUAAUAGAAUGCCCCAGAAAUGAUUGAUAAAACUCCCAAUGAAUUAUUACCAUAUUUAGUUUCCUUUUGGAAUUGCUGAUUUUUUUGCUAGGCAUUUCACUCCACCUCUAACUGUUUUUUAAUCUGACAGAGGGAGAGUGAGAGAGCUCAAGAGUUCAAUGCCUACUGGAAAUACCAACAAAGCUUUUGUCUCUGAAAUUCCGUAUAGGGAAGGUUAAGUGUGCUUUGUCAAAGGCGUUUUGUAAUAUGCUGCUAUGUAGCCUUAAAUCUCGUAAUGUACUGUAUAUAUAAGCAUACACACAGAGUAAGCAGCUCACAACAAAGAAGCAGAAUGUUCUCAUUUGUCAAAUUUAUUAUCAAAGUGCAGGAAAAAUUUGUCCCACUCCAGUUUACCACUACUCUGUAGCCCAGGUAGACUUUUAAAACUUGCAGAAAGAACUUAAUUUAAAACAGCAGUCACUAUGCAUCAUUUUAACAUAGGCAAGUUUCCAAGGCAAGAUGUUUAAUUUCCUGCCCUGCUCUUCUAUGUUGAAAGACCCAUCUGGUUAGAAAAUCCCAUCUCUGAAUUUAUGGGGGAUUUACAAGAAAAAUAUAGCUUAAUCUUUUUGUUUCUUCUCACUGCUCCCUAUUCAGAACUGGAGUUUUUGACUCAUGCAAGUGGUAACGCUAUUUGAAUUUAAGAGUGCCAUGAUAGAUGGAUUCCUAAAUGAUCUCCUGUCUUACAUGUACUGUGUGAAUGUUUCUGUUCUACCAGCAUUUUUGUGUGAUGGCCAACUGGGCCUCAAUAACAUGAGUUGUUUUCCAUGCUAACUUCCUUUCCCAACAAUCCAUUCUGAUAUAUGCUCUAUAGAAAAUAUGGCACUAUGUAUUGCUGAUGCCUUUGCUCUUUAUUAGUUAACAAUGAUCUCUGCAGAAAGAUAGUGUCUGUGUAAAAUGGUGAUUUUCAAACUGCUCCUGUAUUUCUGGAGGUUCCAAUAUCAGUACACCAGUUCAGGUGUGUGUAGGAGUGUUAAGAUAUACUCUCAGUUUGUUGAGAGACUACGGUAAGGCCUAAUAGACCUAGCCAGUACUUCUACAAAAGAGGAGAUUUUGCACCCCAGAAUCCUCUGCAGUACAGGAGUUGUCUGCAAUGGGGAAUGAGUUCUGGGGUAGAGAGUUUGAAAACUGCUACUUUAAAAGUAAAGAGAGAAAGCACUGAGUCAGACCCUGUUGUGGUAGGCAAUUUAUUUUUGCUAAUGUUCCAUUGCCAGUUCUGGAAUGCUUGCUGUCUUCCAUCUUUUGCCAAGACCUGUGGAAUAAGCAUUUGUUAUCUGGUUUGGUGGGAUUGCUGUUCUUCACUGCUUAGUUGAAUUAACAACUGCACAGAGUGGAUCAAAUAAGCACAGGUCAUCCAUUAAAAUGGAUGAUGGUGCACCUUAGUUGUGCUUACUGUCUUAGCCUCCCAAGUCUUUUCUAGUAGAGGAUAUAACAACCAGCUGCCUCUGCCCACUUGACGUAUUUGUCAUCGCAGAUAUUACAAGCCCUGUUGCUCAGUUUUCAUGCUAAUAGAUUUGUCAAAAGUGAAGGGCAAGGCUGUGAAAAAUGGGCAGGGCUGUAGGGGUCAUUGCCUUCAGGGGAGUGGACAUUUUGUUGGCCUGAAUGUACAAUUUCAGUAGAGAGCGAGUAGUUUAAUUUGGUGCCGAGUUGACUUGUGCAAGUGAUAUAAUUGAUCAUACAUGGAUGUAAUCAACCCAUAUGUAAAUAUACACAUGUUUGUACAUUGUAUACAUAGAAAAAGAUGUCUGUGUACAUGUGUAUGUAUUUAUAAAAUUGUUUCUCUGCUAGAUAGUAAAUGCAAAAGUAGCUCUAAUUUUAUAUAUAUAUAUUAUAUAUUAAAAACUCCCCUCUAUAAAUAUAUUAUAUAAAUGCUAGAAGUUAAUUUGUAGAAAAAUAGGACUGAUUUCAGGAAUAUCUGCUGAGAGACCAAAAAGUUCACUUUUAAGUACCUUAAUUAAAGAAUAAAGUUUAUUCCUCUUGUUUAUUUUUUUAUAAAAAAAAUUAAAUGCACUUUAACUGGCAACACAUACAGCUGCAUGAUGCAGUUUCAAACAUGGAAAUGUUUUAAAAGUGCAGCACCCAUUCAAAAAUAUUAUUUUCUCACCUGUCAAGCAGAACGCUGGAAAUUAUUUGAAAUUCCAGGGUCCAAAUUGCCUGUUUGUCUUGCUGCCCGUUGGCUGAAGCUUAGAUUCUGAUUUCCCUUUUUGGGGGGUAGCAGGACUGCUUUUUAAAGAGCAAUGCAGAUACAGCCAAACACUACAGGCUGUCAACUAAAGGCAGGUCCUGGAUUUACCACUAGCUAACUAGCAAAAAAAAAAAAAAACCAGUCCAAAAUGACAUUAAGAACUCCUCAUGCUAGUUGAGCACUCCUUAAAUAGCAGGUUUUUGCAAAUGGAGUUUUACAGUCUAUAUUUAAAAAAUUGUAUGUUUGUAACAAAUAAAAGUAUGCAGAAAAGUGAAUGAACCAUG